AUGUGGAAGGUAUGGGGGAUCGUGGGAUUUGUGUCUAUCUAUUUGAGUGUCCCUGGGCCUCAUUCAGGGUCCGCAGCCUGCGACCUGCCGCGCGUCGACGCGAGCGGGCUGGACUGGGAGGAGUUCGCCAGGCGCGGCCUGCGCGGCCGCACGGGCGUGGUGCUCACGGGCCUGUUCUCGAAGAAGGAGUUGGCGCGGUGGGGGCGUCGCAGGGUGCUGCGGGCGCACGGGAACGAGACGUUCCACGCCGACGACACGCGCGGCACGUAUAGCUUCCCGAGGCUGGCCGAUUACGUCGAAGGGCAGGUCUCGCGCCAGAUGAUCUUCGUCUCGGACUCCCUGCUGGGGAUGUUUGGCAAGGCCUACCGCUUCGCAGUGAGCCCCCCCGGCCGCGCCGCUCUGCUCCGAGACUUCGCCGAGUCUGGACACCCCCCCGCCUCGCACCAUCCUGUCGGUCGGCGUGGAGGGCAGCGCCGUGCCGCGCCACGGCGGCCACCCGGAAACGUGGCACGCCCUCUUGCAGGGUGCGAAGGCGUGGUGGGUGGGCCCGGGUGGCUCAGCUGCGUGGCCCGGGUGGGAGGAUCACGG